GCUUGGAUAGCUCCUUCCUCUUCCCCAGGCACCAGCCACUAGAGCGCGACCCUCUUCUCCUCGUCUUCUCCGGCGGCGACCCUUCUUGCUCUCAUGGCCUCGCUCGCCGUUCCAGCUUUGCACUCGCUGGGCACCCAUCUAACCGAACACGAGCACGAAGACCUCCUGUCAAUGCGCGUGCGUGCGCGUGCCGGGCGCGCAUGUAGUGGAGCAGGCUCUGGCCGCGGAGGCGGAGCAGACAGCGGCGGGAGAGGCGCCAAGAUUCAGCUGGGGCGCGUUCGGGUCCGACCUUUCCGAGCCACAGAGGAGGGCGAUUCGUGGCCUAUCUCCAAAGCUGCCCAACCGCUGCAAGGCCCUGAUGACGCGCGUCGUGUGCCUGUCCCCACGGGACGAGAACCUUGGCGCGUUGCUCGCGUUCUGGGUGAAAGCCAUGAAGCCCCAGAGGGCGGAUUGGCUGCUGGUUCUCAAGGAGCUGAAGACCAUGGAGAGCCCGCUGCUUGCUGAGGUCAGUGAGCAUUUCCCAACCUUGCUGUAUUAAAACUGAAGAAGAAAAAAGGCAAAUCACAAAGAAGGGGAAGGAAAAGGAUGAACUGUUAAAGCAAAUUACAAAUAGAGAACCCAUGAGAGAAUUAGGGCCUUGGAACUAGACUAAAUUUCGCACGACUGAAGCACUAAAUUGUGCAUGACUGAAUUUGUCUCGAGCAAGACCGAAUGAACCAAACGGAGAUGGACUUCUACAUGACACUAUAAGCUCGAGAAAUGAGCAGAUGUGGGUCUGGUCACGGAUCACAUGCAAGAUGAGUAGAUGCUGGAAGCAGACGCCAUGAAGAACACUCCAGAGCUGGGCUAUGCUCAGCCAACCUCCAACAACACAGGUUGAAGCCAGAGGUUCUUCUUCGUGCGCGCGGCAUUGCUUCUGCAGUGUUGCUCGCCUCUAGCCGGUGCAUGAAGAUGCGCACGGCAUCGAAGACCAACCCCGGCGGAGGUUGAGCGAGGGCGAGACACUUCCACAGACGUGUCUCAUGUCGCCGGCGGAGCGAGCAAGUCUCUACUUCCCCUGAGCCGGGGGACCAGCACUGCCGCCCCUGAGCUUGUGGAGGAAGAUGACUCCUGAGGUUCGCCUAAUCUGUACCCAUACAAACCCAAUCGAACGAAUCUCAUGUACCCAAUGGGUGGACAAUAUUUCAAAUAGUGACCGAAAUGACGAUCACCUUUGGGGUUACCAAAACGCCUCCGCCGCUUCACAUCGCUGCCCGCAGGAGCUGUAGUGAAAAUGGCCCUAUUAGGCUAUGAUUGUGAUUUUGGUGAUUAAUGACAACAUACUCAAUGGGACUAACAUGUUUGUCAAGAAUAUAUGUUAGUUAGUUCCAAGCAUAAUGGGUAGAUAUGAUAUUCUAUUCGUUUUGACACCUUGAAUGAGAUUUCCCUUGCUUUUUGCUUUAAUUUUGAUCCCGGGUAUACAUAUCACUUUACUUUAUUUAUAUUUGGGGCAUAGCAUAUUUAGUACGUGUCAACAACUAAAGUUUUCUGCUAGCUUUUCACGCUGACACCUGUCAACAAAUAUGUUACUUUUUUGCCUUUUUGGUCAAAUCUCAUUUGGCGUUGAAGCAAUGUUAUUUGAACACUUUUGACUUGCCAUUACUCAUUUCCUCUUGUCGGUGUGCCAUGUGGUUCCGGUAUCUGGCCAAAUUUAUCAUCUUUUGGCCUAGAAGAUCUUUUAUAUAGCAUUUGAAGUUGCCAUCAUAAAUUCUUCUUGUUAGUGUGCCAUGCAGUUCCGCUUGACUAACAAUGUGGUGGCUCUUCAUCAUUGUCAUCAUAGUUUUUGUUGUCCUUUGGAAAUUGCGAUGAAUAUUGUUGUCCACAAACAUGCAAGACACCAUGAGAGCUAAUAUCGUUUGGCUAGCUAGCUUUUAAUCAUGAAUUUUUAACUACGGUUCAUGCUUCGUUUCCCAUCCUAGUUAUAUGAGUAUUAGUCAUCGGGCAAGUCAUCAACUCAUCAUUAAGGGCUCCCUACAACUUUAGUACUUUAGUGUGGGCUAAGAUAUUUUUUAGUGCUGCUAAUUUCUUCUACCUCGAGAAUUCAUUGCUAAUUUUGUUUGUGAAAUGCAGUGCUUCUGAAUUUCGGAGGGAAUAUGAUGGGGCCUGCCUUCAGAUGAGGAUGUCAUACUGCCCCGCUGCCCACCUUUUCCUUUUUCUUGUACAGUGGACAGAUUGCAGACUUGUUGGUGCACUUGGGCUGUUGAGGAUUCUAAUUUACAAGGUUUAUGCUGAUGGGACAACCACCAUGUCUACUCAUGAAAGUCACGCAAGCAUCAGGGAAUUCUAUGCUGUCAUAUUUCCUUCUUUGAUGCAAUUACAUGAAGGGAUCACUGAAGUGGAGGACAAAAGGCAAAAAGCAAUGUGUACAGAGAGGUAUAGAAGACGAGAGGAGAUUCAAAAAAUGGUGAUAUCAGAGAUUGAUGAUAAUAUAGAGGAGGAAUGUGGCAUAUGUAUGGAGAUAAACAGCAAAGUUGUUCUUCCAACUUGUAGUCAUGCUAUGUGCAUUAAAUGCUACUGUGACUGGAGAUCAAGAUCCCACUCUUGUCCAUUCUGCCGUGACAGCCUCAAGAGGGUAAACUCCAACGACCUGUGGAUAUACACGGAUAACAGGGACAUCGUUGACAUGGCGACGGUCAGAAGAGAGAACCUGAGGCGCCUCUUCAUCUACGUAGACAAGUUGCCCACCGUCAUUCCCGAAUCUGUCUUCGAUGCCUAUGAUCCCCAUGUAAAAUGAAGUUGUGCUCGGUUGCCAGUUGUUUAUGUGUUUGCUACUGCUAGUUCUUAGCCCUGGGCGUCUGGUGCUGCGUGCUUUUCUGAGGCUUUAAGCAGCUCGUAGGAUGCCGGCGAGGCUAAUUUACACAAGGAGGUAAAUAUGUAAGUAGAACUCAGUUCUAUCAGCUUGUGUCAUGUGUUAGUUCGGUCUUUUGUGAGGGGUUAGGAUGAUCUGACGAUGUCUAUAAGUAAUGGAUCAUUGAAUUGGUUUA